AUGGACCAAUCCCCUCCAGCCCCUGCUCCCCCAAGGCAAACACAAACGCAAACCCAGACCUUCUCCCUCGAGCUCGAGCCUGAGCUGCUCACCCUCCUCGCAGAGCGCGAUAGGGAACAGCGUCAACGGGCUAAUUCCCUCCCUUCCAGGCCGAGGAAGGGGACAUUUUCCGCGAAUGCUAAUGCUCCUAGCAACCGGCCUGCGAAAAGGAGAUCCUCGCUUGACCCUUCCGCACCCGAGUUCACCCCUUCCUCCCUCUCGCUAGCUCUCUCCCUCACCCGUUCUAUCUCACCUCCCACCCUCUCCCCAAGCAUAUCCAACUCCACCCUCUCCCUCUCACCUCCCGACUCCCCCACCGACCCGCGCAUCCCCUUCCCCCUCCCCCCAUUCGCAGACCCCCUCGCCUCGGAACACAAGAUCUUCCGUAGGCAGCCGUACGACGCCUUCCUCCUCCUGGACGUCGAAGCUACAUGCGACGAAGGAGUAGGGUUCGACUACCCUAACGAGAUAAUCGAAUGGCCCGUCGUACUAAUGCGAUGGAACGAGAUGGAUACUUCGGGCCGUAUGGCCUCCCUAACCCCAUUCGCCGAGUUCCGCAGCUUCGUUCGUCCGACCUGGGCCACCCAGCUCACGCCCUUCUGCACUUCCCUCACCGGCAUAACCCAGUCUCACAUCAACAACGCACCCACGUUCCCGGAGGUGCUAGCCCAGUUCAGGGAGUUCCUCGUCCUCCACGGUCUGUUGGAUCCGGAAACGGACGAGCAGCUAGUCAGGUACACGUUCGUUACGGACGGACCGUGGGACUUGAGAGACUUUUUGGUAAAACAGUGUUGGCUUUCUGAUAUCCCCGUGCCGGCGUGGGUAGGCCAGGAGGUGGUGGAUGUCCGACAGCUGGUUAGGGUCGCUCUGCGCACGUUUGAUGAAACAGAUCCGGACACUGAACCUGAACCUGAACCCGAACCCGAACCGGCACAACCAGAAGGAGAACCAGAGAGAGAGCGAGAAAGAGGGACGAAACACACAGGCCUUUCCCUCCCCUGUCAACUGCACAACCUCUCCCUCCCCCCCUUCCAAGGCCGUCAACACUCUGGAAUCGACGACGCGAGGAACGUCGCUCGCGUCUUGCAGGAACUUGCGAGGCGGGGCUGGGUCGUCGAAAGGAAUUCAUCGCUCAUGUUGGGGGAGUGGGGCUUGGGCUGGGACUGGAUGGGCCCGACUAGGGGAAGUGUCGUUAGGGGGGAGAAGUGGAAAGGUUGGGCGCCUGGGCGGGAAGACUGGGAGCAGGGGGAACCUGUUGACUCUACUGCCAACCCGGAUCCUGUUGAUGUGUCGGACGACAACCUCCUCCUGUUGGACUCGCAUUCCCCGCAAGACCUGUUGCAGGACCGGCAGGAGAACCAAAGACAACGACUGCGAAUGCUGCUUUCCCCCAUCCCGGAAUCGGCACCUCCCACUCCUUUUGCCCCUUCGCCGGAGCUGGUCGAGACUCUUUGAACACGCUGGAACAUGCGACAUGCGAUAGAUAUGCGCACGAUGUGAUACAGCGAGUAUGAUACGAUACAACACGGUCCGACUAGAGGAGCGGACUGCCCCUGUCGGGGAUCUACAACCUCCAAGCUCCAGUCUACAAUGUACGAUGUACGAUGUACGAUCUGCACUCUGUAUGUACCCUACACUCGACCCGGACCUCGCCGCCGGUCUGCGAAGCUCGACUAAAAAACGACGCUCCCUCUGCCAGUGGCAAUGGAUUUGCCUUUUUUCAAUUUUCUUCUCUUUUCCCCCGUUUGCUUCUAGCUUCUUUGGCUCUGGUUUCGCUUUGGUUUCGCUUUCAGUUCCGGUCGAGUGAGUGUACUUCUAUAGUCGGGUGGCCUCGGGAAGGCGUGUACUAUCAUAUCACCUGAGGAGUUGCUAGGGUGGGUUGUCGGGGAGGAAAGGGAGGUCGAGGAAUCUGUAACGAAUGAAGAAAUAAAGUAACUAUCUUAGAUAAGUUAGACAUAAAACCCAAAUAAGGGCUUGCCAAUC